AUGCCGCCAACUAACGUGACGGUCGACUCAUACACCAUCUUGGGCAUUGCCCGAGAUGCUGACAUCAAAGAAAUCAAUGCUGCGUACAAGCGUCUUGCCUUGAAAUUCCACCCCGACAAGGCUGGAACUGGGGAUGCGACAAACGCCCGAUUCCAAAAGGUUCAAUAUGCGGUUGAGCUUCUUCGUGAUCCCUCGCGCCGUGCUCAGCUCGACAGGAUCUUGGAUAUCAAGGGAAAACGGCGGUGGGCCGGGCACGCCCCCGGUGACUGGCCAGCUCCUGCAACUGACGCCGAUGCUGGACGGGGGGCAGAAAAUGCAUUCCAUGACCAUUUCCCUACCAAUCGACCGCCGAAGCGAGACUUCAAGAAGGACUCUCACGGGGUUUUUGACCAGCUGCCGAAGCGGAACAGAUAUCACAGAUCAAAUGACUUUGGAUUUUCAUCUGGAUCCAGUCGCUACAUGUACAGUUUCGGAAACAGUGUGCAUAUGGACCCGGAUUCCGAGGAGUCCAAAGCCAGCAAAGCGAGAUUUCGAGCCGAGAACGCCCAAUGGCAACGGGAAUGGGACGGAAUUGACCUGGAAGUGGAGAGAGCACGAGCCGAGGCUCGUAAGCAGGCUAUGCGACAUCGAGUGGUCCGUGACAUGGAAGAACAAUUGGAGAAAGAAAGAGCGGAGGCCAAGAAACAUACGCCUCAUGUUGCCCCCUUUGACCAAGCCAUUUACAAUGCGGUCAAUGGACUCAGGUCUCCUCCCGGGGUCUGGGGUCGUACUCAAGGCCCAACCUACUAUUCUGGAUACAAUUCGAUGGAUUGGAACAACCUGAGCACCAUCAAUAAUAUUAUGUACCAGGAGCCCAAGAGCACCAAGCCUACUGGCACAGAAAAGGACCCCAUCCAGCUCGAGGAUCCAUUCGAGGCUCCAUCCAGCCCCGCACCGUCUGUUAGCGACGUCUUAACACAGAGUUCUCCGAUCAGCAGCAGCUCAGCUCGAAGCUUCUGCGCCAGCAAUCGUCCCGCCAGUAUCAUUGCAAGCGAGUCCCCAACACGCCCUUGCUCGGUCAACUCUGGCUCGGGUGACCACUCUCCACUGGGUGAGCAAUUGGAUCCCUCUUCUCCUGCUGCUCAAUUGAUCAAUACCUACCUGGCUAGCUAUGAGUCGAGCUUGAGACCGUUGAUACCUCAUUUCAAGCAGAAGCUUGCUGACCCAUUGGGACGCUAUACAGUCAAUGAUCUAGCUACUGAGCUCCAGGGUGUGGUGCUUGAGAGUUACUCGGCCUGGUUGGAAGACAUCCGCGUCUCAAUGAGUUUUGGGACUCACGCAACAGCUCGGAAGAGCCCUGAAGCUUGUUCUCAUCUGGGCGGCUGGUACAAGGAAUAUGGCCAAGCCCAAUGUGUAACAUGCCAGUUUUGGUCGCCUCUCUUUAUUCUUACCUGCCGUGGAUGUGGUCUGAAGGGCUGUAUCCGUUGUAAGUUCAACGGCGAUGCUUUCGUGCUCAAGAAGCAUUGA